AUGGCCGGCGGUACGCGUCCGUCGAUUCCCGAGGUCACCGCCGCCGCCCUCUCCUGCACGCUCUUCCUCUUCUCCCUCGCCGCCAUCUCCUUCAUCCUCCAUUUCCACCUCCGCGCUUCCCGCGGCGAGGGCCCCCGGCCGCGGCGGCGCCUCCGGGACCUCAACUCACUGUGGGCUGUCCGGAUCCUGCUGGCGGUCUUCGCCUGCCUCUGGUCGAUGGCGGAGCUCCUCCGCCUCCGCUUCCUCCUACCCAACUGGCUCCACCUCGACCUCUGCAGGGGCCACGUACUCGCGUCGCAGGGCUUCGCGGAGCCGUGCUUCUUCACCACGCUCCUCUUCCUCCUCCGGACCUCCGUCCAGGGGAAGAUCUGCUACCCCAACGCCUUCGCCAUGGCGCUGGUCCUGGCCCUGCUCUCCUCCCUCCCUUUCCUCCUUCUCCACUCCCUCUUCCUCUCCCUCUCCCCCUGGGUCUUCUCCCCCCUCGGCAUCCCCCCGGAGGUCUUCUUCGGGCAGGGCACCACCAACUUCUCCCACGGCGGCCGCUGCUCCUACCCGCUGUUCAGCACGGCGCUCCUCGCAUGGUUCGGCGCCGCCUACGUCCCCUGGUUCGUGUCGGCGUGCUGGCGGGCGGCGGAGGUGGUGAUCAACAAGCGCCUGGGGGUGCGGCUCUACGCCCUGACGUCGACGGUGGUACUGGGGAUCUGCGUGCAGGUGGUGGCGCUCGCACUCUCCGCCUUCUGGAGCCCCGGGACGGCGGUGUUCCAGGGUCUGCGGCUCGCCGCCUUCCUCGGCGUCUUCUCCUCCGCACUCGUAGGGGAAUGGGUGCUCGUCCUCUGCCCCAUCGCCGACGCCCUCGACGCCGUCGGGUGGAGGGCUCCCGUCGCAACGGCCGGCCCACCCGCCGCAACAGGUUCCCACGCUGGUGGCGCCGCCGGCUGCCUUGAAGACACCUGA